GGGGAAUGGGGGACAGAUAAGGCCACCCCGGGACGUUGGGAGGGUCUCCAGUACGGGUGAGGCGCGUGCAUGUAUGCUUGCGCUGACGAUGGUGAUGCUGCGGGUGACGAAUGAUGCUGGAUGUCCCGAAGGCGUGGGAUGAGAGGGAGGAGUGUUCGGACAAAGUGCCUUGACGGCGGAGCGCGUGAUUGGUCGAUGAGUCCGCGAGCUGAACCAAAAAUCUGGAGGCAAGGGGGGCCCCAUGUUGUGCUCCAGUACGUACUGUACCCUUUCCCAGAUCGUGCUUGUGUUGCUGAGGGCAGGGCCUGCCUGCGGGGGAAUGCGAUAGAGGGGGAAGAAGAAAAAUGAAACAGCAGGGCCCAGCCCAGCCCAGCCUAGCCCAAGGACCCGGAAGAAGGGGUGUGGGAAGCGGCG